AUGGCGGCGGCGUUCGAUAGCCGGUUCUGCCUCUGCGGCGGAGCCCUGCGACGGUCGAAGGACAUCCAAAAUGCCAUCCCUGAUUGGCGAGGAAGCUUCACAGGAUGUGUCCGCCGGAGAAGAAGCAGCAGCGCGAAGGCGACGUCCUCUUCAUCCGCUUCACUACCUCAACCUGUCAGGUUUCUCCCACCUCACUGUUUCUCCGUCGUACAUCGUUGAGCCCUCGGUGGAAUGAACAGACAGUCUGAUUCGGUGACAAUUUGGGAAGGUACGCUGUGCUCGGAGCGGGAUUCGCGGGCUUAUCCGUGGCCUGGCACCUCCUCGAGGUCCUUCUCUGCUCCAUCGUCAUCAUCUUCCUCUCUUGAUCUGGAUUUUGUCUCAGAGGAGAGCUCUAACCCAUGGGCAUUAUCUGUUUGUCUUCUCUGCUGCAGAGCAAUCCCAAAGAAUCGCCGCUCGUCGUUGACUUAUAUGAUGAGGGCGGAAUCGGGGGUGGCGCAUCAGGCGUUGCUGGAGGCCUCAUUCAUCCUUGCUCCCCUAAAGGUUCGGCGCCAUCCCAUUCUUUCAUCGGUGAUCCUCCUCUAUAAAAAAUAAAAAAUAAAAAAUAUCAUGAAAUCCCCCUGUUGGGUCUGAUCAGGUCGGCGUUGACUCAUGAAAUCUGAGAAUGGCAAUCAUUGGCUGGCAGGCAAGCUUCUAUGGAGGAGUGCUGAGUUCUGGAGGGAGUGUCUGAAACUACUAUCAGCUGCAGAGCAGACAUUAAAGCGUGGAACAACCUCCGAUGGGGAACGGAUGAUCUGGAGAAGGUAUGUGGGCGCUGAUUCAUCUUCGAUCUUGCUGUUUUAUAUCAGAUGACGUUUUUUUCUCUCGCUGGUUAUCUGGUCAACUCCCUCCACCACUUUAUUCAUCUGCAUUCUCAACUUCCAGACAUCUCUAGCUAAUUCUAAUGCCAUCCCGCUGCAAUCCAGAGGGAUCAUAAGACCAGCAACCACCAUGAAGAACGCAGAGAUUCUGAAAGAGGUAUCGUCUCUCCUUGAGUCAGCUCUCAAAGAUGUUGACCCGCCGGCACUAACGAUUCAGACUGCAUGUCUAGAACGCUUCAAACUCCCUCAGCUGCUUCAGGAGAGAAUUUCUAGAUCGGGACGCCGCCCAGAAGCUGGUUCCUGGGCUAUGCGUGUCUUUCGAUUCAUCAAUCUACAUGCCACACGCAGUCAAUAUCCAUGCCGGUCGCUAUCUCCAGGUACUGAAAUCCAUCGCAGAUCAGAUCUUCUAAACGAUUUUUUUUCUUUUUUUAAUCAUCCAUUUUAUGCAUUGCAAGAAGACAAAAAAAGAACAUCUUUUUAUCUCACAUUCAUUCCAAAAGGCACUAUUUUCAGCCUGCAAGAGCAUGGCCGAUGAUGCUUCGUCAGCCGGGUCUGGACGGAUGGAAGUCAAUCUGUUCAAGAGGUCCAUCGAAAGUCUGCAUGAGCUACAGGGUGACUCCGCAAGAACAUGCCCAUAUUUAGAAGUAUUCCAGAACUGCUUCUGUAGAGAUUUUUACGGCAUUUGGGGGCAUAAUCGAGCAUGGUUCUUAUUGUCUUACAGGCAAUUACAACUGCGUGAUCAUCUGUCUAGGUGCCAAGGCCGCCAUGCUUCCAGAGCUCUCGGGCCUGCUCCCUUUGAGACUGUGCAGAGGCAUCGUUACUCAUAUGAAGCUUCCUGAUGCUACAAGGUAAGAUGAAUCAUCUUUUUAAUCCUACUCAUGAUUAUUAUUAUUAUUAUUAUUAUUAUUAUUAUUAUUAUUAUUAUUAUUAUUAUUAUUAUUAUUAUUAUUAUUAUUAUUAUUAUUAUUAUUAUUAUUAUCAUUACAUUAAUUAAAUGUAUUAUUUAUUGUUCAUCUUCUCCGUUGACUUCUUCAGUGAUGUAUAUGAAGAUGGGAGCCCUUCAAUCCUGUCGGACGCGUGGCUUGCAGUGCAGGGGCCGCGCAGCCUGGUUAUGGGGUCAACGUGGGACUGGGGGUCGAGGGACUACUCAUCCAGUGUUUCUCCAGAGGAGGCUUCCAGGGCUUUAGACGAGCUUCUUCCGAAAGCAGCCUCUGUGUAUCCUGCCAUUGAGAGGUGGGCCCCUGUGGGGGCGAGUGGGGGGCUGAGGGCCAUGCCCCCGUUGACUCCUCUUGGUUCGCUGCCUCUCCUUGGCUGUCUGGACGAUAUCGUGGGAGAUAAGGGUCAACGCAGGUACUGGCUCGUUGGAGGUCUCGGCGCAAGAGGUCUGCUUUAUCAUGGUCUUCUGGGGAAGUUGACUUCUCAAGCUGUGAUGUCCCAGGACGAGGAUAUCCUACCCUCUGAGUUGACCUCGUGGAAGAGGCUGCUCUUGAAGGCGAGAGGAUAG